UUUGAUCCUAAACCUAAAAACAAACAUCAAUCUCAAUCUCUCUUUCCACUUCAAUCUUCAUCUGAUUCGAAACCUGAAAAUCAACCACAAUCUCAACCUCAAUCUAAUGCUAAAAGUCAGAAUGAAAUUCAAUAUCAACCUCAAUAUGAUAAUAACCCUCAAAACCUUUAUCAAUCUCAACCUCUCCUUCAACUGCAGCCUCAAUUUGAUCAUGAACCCCUUAACAGACCUUCUUUACAACCUCAGCCUAAAUUUGAUUUUAAACCGCAAAAUAAUUCUCAACCUCUCUUUCAACUUCAAUCUUUAUCUGAUUCUAAUCCUGAAAAUCGACCACAAUCUCAACAUAAAUCUAAUGCUAAAACUCAGAAUGAAAUUCAAUAUCAAACUUGUUCACAAUCUCAACCUCAAUAUGAUAAUAACCCUCAAAACCUUUAUUGCAUGAAUACUCAAUCUGAUCCUGAACCUCCAAAUCAAACUCAAAAUCCAAAGCCUCAAGUACAACUUAUUGACACGCAACCUAAACAAGAACAACAAAUCGGUUCUUCUUCAGAACCUCCAACAUUACGUAACAAUUCACUUUAUCGAAAUAAUUCUAAUCUACAUUCACAAAAUUUUAAUGAACAAAAUUCAUAUCACUUCAUGGCCCAUCCUUUUCUCUUUCACCAAAAUAUGAAUCCAUCUCAUUUACGUCAUUCACUUAGUAAUAACAUUAUGAACUUAAAGUGGACAUAA